AGUGGACCGUUUUCAGUGGUAAGUGCGGUCGCAAAGCGUUCGAUUGCGGUACGUUUUCGAUGCGAUCCGGUCGUCAGUAUUCGCGUAGAUAAUUAAAUUUAUUUCUCUACAAGGAUACGUAUUUGUGAAAAAAUUUAGUAACUAAUUUAGUUUAGUUGAACAUUUUAAAGUGUGUGAUUUUUUUUUUUUGUACUUAAACUAAAGUAUUGUGUCUAAAAUAUUUCAAAAUAUUUGAGAUCAUUCAUAAUUUACUGGUAAGUAAUUUUGUACUAUGUUAAGUACACUUGGUAGUGUAAAUACUGUGUAUUUUCAAUGAAUCCAAUUGACUUGUUUUAUGAAAAUCAGAUCAUAGGCAUAAGGUUCGAAUUACUACCGUCGUCAUUUGUUGUGGACAAGUAUUGAAAGUGCAAUAAACUCGAGGCGGGCGAGCACUACGAUGCUCCACCACCGACGUGGUCGCGGUAAUCGUGGACGCGGUGUGUGGUCCGACGUUAUUAACAAUCGUCCUUUUUGUGGCUGCGACGACGUGCUGAAAACGGCAGUGUCAGUGACGAGUGCUCCGGCGUUGGCCGACAAAGUUCUGUGGUCGUCCGCUGAAUGAACAACGAAAAGCUUUAUCCCGGCCGACAACUGUAACCGCACCGGCCAAUGAUCGUCGCCGUGUUAGUGGCCGCACUAUGGUUGACGGUGAACGGACAUGGUGGCGGAGCAUCGGGCGCGACGCUCACUCGUAUUGUACAAACACGGUACGGUAAACUUCAAGGCGUCGUGACCACUGUAAACGUUAUGUCCAGACGAACGUCCACGAACGCGGCGUCUCCCGGAAACGAUCCGGACGACGGUUCUUCGUUUUUGGACACGUUCCUCGGUGUACCUUACGCUACACCACCUGUCGGGUCCAAUCGGUUCGGUCCCACCCGUACGCCGUCUCCGUGGGACGGAGUUCGUCUGGCCGACGCGUUCGGCGCCGUUUGUCCCCAACGUUUACCCGAUAUAUCCAACGAAACGGCCGCUCUACAACGUAUGCCCGUCGGUCGGUUUGUUUACCUGAAAAAGCUGCUGCCUUACUUGCAAAAUCAGAGUGAGGACUGUUUGUACCUGAACAUCUACGCGCCGUCACAAGGUAGUCGAAUCGUUCGCAAAUAUCCAGUGUUAGUGUUUAUCCAUGGCGAGUCAUAUGAAUGGAACUCUGGAAACUCAUAUGAUGGCCGCGUUCUUGCAAGUGUCGCAGAUCUAGUCGUUAUCACAUUAAACUAUAGACUAGGAGUUCUAGGGUUUUUAAACGCUAAUGGGUCUCCUAAUUUGAGAGGUCGUGUAUCUAACUAUGGUUUAAUGGACCAAAUAGCAGCACUACAUUGGGUGCAACAGAAUAUUGCUCUUUUUGGAGGUGAUCCAGAAAAUGUUUCAUUAAUGGGCCACGGACCUGGUGCUGCUUGUAUAAACUUUCUGAUGAUAUCUCCUACCGUCGUUACAGGUUUAUUUCACCGAGCUAUUUUGUUGUCUGGUUCUGCUUUAAGCAGUUGGGCUUUAGUUGAAGAUCCUGUAUCGUACGCCACUCAACUAGCCAAACAAGUAAAUUGUUCCUUUGAUGGGUCUGACAAUAAUCCUGAACCGAUUGUCGACUGUUUGCGGGAUAUUUCUUUAGAUCAGCUCAUGUCAGCAGCUAUAGCCUUACCAACUUAUCUUAGUGCGUUUGGACCUAGUGUUGAUGGAGUAGUCAUCAAAAGCAACUAUCAAGAAAAUGUUAUUACUAAUCUACUGCCCGAAUUUGAUGGAUAUAGCAAAUCUAGCGUGCCCUUUGGUGCUAGAUUUCAAAAAUUUGAUUUUGAAAAUGCAUUAAACAAGUAUGAUUUGUUGUUUGGAGUUGUUACUAGUGAAGCACUUUGGAGGUUCAGUUCAAAUGAUAUCCAGGCUGGUUUUGAGGGAGAACGCCGAGACAAAAUACUACGCACGUACGUCAGAAAUGCUUAUAGUUACCAUUUAUCCGAAAUAUUCUUUACUAUUGUAAAUGAGUAUACAGACUGGGAACGGACAGUUCUUCAUCCUAUCAACACAAGAGAUGCUACCAUUGCAGCUUUAAGUGACGCUCAAUAUGUUGCACCGCUGGUACACACUGGUGAUUUGUUGAGCCAAUCUAAGCCAACAAACAAUGAUCCAAAAAAAAGAAAAACCAAAUCGUUUUUUUAUGUGUUUGAUUAUCAAACCAGGGACGGCGAUUUUCCUCAAAGAAUGGGGACAGCCCAUGGCGAGGAAUUACCUUACGUAUUUGGCGCUCCUAUGGUAACCGACAACAUGAACCAUUUUACUAAGAACUAUACAAAAGCAGAAGCAGCUUUAUCGGACGCAAUGGUCGUCUAUUUGGGUAACUUCGCAAGAACAGGAGAUCCUAACGAUCAUGAUGAUAAACCCGAUUCUGGAUCCAAAGAAAGAAACAGAUUUAGAAGCGUCACGUGGGAUGAAUAUGAUCCAGUUCAUCAAAAGUAUUUAGAAAUAAGUAUGAAGCCUAGAAUGAAAAAUCAUUUUCGAGCGCAUCAGUUAUCUGUUUGGUUGCGACUUAUCCCAGAAUUACAUAGAGCUGGAAUGGAAGACGUUGCUCUAAGACAUAAUCUAUUCCGGAAUCACGAUGAUCCUGAACUAUACGAUGGCAUAGUGAGGCCUGAUCCUGUUUCAAGACGACCUUUACAGCACGUUACUGUGAAUCGUUUCACAGCUAACGGAACUGUAGCUGAAGUUGUACAAUCGCUGACAACUACAACGCGACCUCAAUACCCUACGGAAGGUACGACGUGUCUACCUCCUAUUCGAACAAGUGCUUCUAAUUCUUCUUCGACCGAGGAUGCGUUAGCAACGUUAGAAGCAGCUGGUUAUGCGGCUUAUUCCACUGCCUUACACGUGACUAUUGCAUUAGGCGUAUCACUUCUGUUGCUUAAUGCUCUUUUAUUGAUAAUUAUUUGUUACCAAAAAGAUAAGUUCAAGUGUUUGCAACAACAAGGUGACUCCACCGAGCCUGGAAGUGUUGAUUUGCAAAAAAAGUAUAAAAUGGCAGACAAAAAAGACGUGGUAGGUGGACAUCCGGACUCUCCGCCGGAUGCAAUAGCGCUAGAAAUGGAACAGAAGCAUCCGCACCAUGGUCAUCAUCAUCAUCAUCAUCAUCACCAUAUGACUAAUAUAGUGCCGCCAACUAGGGGGAACGACAUGACGUUUCCAAAAGCAGUCAAAUCAUGUGGUAGGGUAAUACAUAUAGACCAACAAGGACCACCUAACGGUUCGGUUCAUGGUAUGGCUAAUACCUUGCCAAAGCCACCACCACCGCCUCGGUCAAUGGUGUCACAAGAAUCGCAACCUUUACUUGUACAGGGUGCAACUUUAAAUCAAAUCCCUAAGAGUGGCACACUAAAAAUGCCUGUGGCAGCAAUGAGCGAGAUGAGAGUCUGACCAAUUUGCAAGACGGCUUGUCCUUAAAAUGUCAUUCCAAACCGUCAUAUUUAUUUGUUUAUCUAAUAAUAAUAUCAAUUACUCGUAUACAAAAAUCAAAUUUUUAUAGAUAGUUGUAAUUAUGGAUUGUAAAAUUUUCGUCAUAUUUUUUUGUAAACAAAUAUUUGAAAAAUAUUUUAAGAUAUUUUUUAAUUCAAAUAAAAUCUGAAAUUACUUUUUAAAAUCACAUUUAACCAACAUCAUGACAAAUUAAAUAUAUUAAAAAUACUGUGAUAUUAUUUAUCUACCAAAAUAUAAUGUUAUUAUUAAAAUAAUAUAACAGUAUCAUUAAAAUCACUUUUUAAUACAUUUUUUUUAUUAUAAAAAUCAAAUUACCAUUAAGAAAUAAAAACAGUGAGUACAUUAAUCCAGUCUACCAAAUACUGUUUGCUUUUUUCUCUGAAUGGAAAAAAAAAUAUUUUGAUAAAUUUCUUAAACACAUAUCUUCUAAAUAUAAAUAUACACAAUUCAUUGAAAUAAAAUAAAAUUCAUAAACAUACUGCGAAACAUAACAUGUAAAUUUUUUUAUUUAUAAUUUAUUAAACACUCUGUUGUGCAUUUUAUAAUCUACAAGUGGAACCAGCUUAAUUUAAAACAAAUAAUACUUAACUCAUUUAAUAAGACUGAAAAAUAGUGUAGUAAAAAACAAUUAUUAGAUCUAUCCCAUAUUACUAUAAGGGUGCAAACCUGCGCUUCAUUCCCAAUUUAUAUUUAAAAAACAUAAUAACUUCCGAAAUAAUGAGUUAAGAGUUGUUUUCGACCUGUCAUUAUCAAUUUUAUAGACUAAUUAAAAAUGUAUGUUGCAGUUUAACAAAAAUUAAGUUUGCACCCUUUUAUAUAGAAUAAGGGAUAUAAUUAAAAAUGAUUUAUCUAUCUAAAAGUGUAUGAAACUAAAACAAUUUUUGUUAUUUUAGAAGAAUAUGAUUGGCUAACGUUGAAAGAAUCACCUUGUAUUAUAAUGCAUAUUUUAUAAUGUAUUAUGCUUGUUAUAAUACUUGUACUCUAAUCAUUUUCUAAAUCACAAAAUUUAUCAAAUUAAAUGUAUUGUGGUGUGCAAACAUCGUAAUUUCAAUUGAAUAAUAACUUGAGCGAUGAAUAGAGAGAGCUUUGAUCUGCUUUAAACCAUUUUCUAAUCCCCAUCAAAGCUAUUUAUAUUCACUCCUAAAAGUUCCAUUUAUACGACUCUACAAACAGAAAAUUGUUGUUGAAGAGUUCCCUUUAAUAAAUCGCACGUGCAACAAAUUAAAGUAGUUAAUACCCAAAACAUUUACUUAAUUUUUUAUCAAAUUAUUAUAAAUAAAAACACUGUACAAUUAUGAAAAUGUUAUGUAUAUAUUUUAUAUUAUAUAAAUCGUUAUAUUAAAUAAAUAAAUAAAAAUGUAUACAACAAAAUUUACUGAAUACUGUUAUUGUAAUAAUGUAAACUGUUGUUUAAUUACCAUUAUGUUUAUGUCAAAUAAAUAUCUAUUGUACAAAUGU